AUCCCCACGGUGUACCUCAUGACUUUCCUGGAUGCGCUGGAGGCUGGUUAUGGGAAAUAUAAGAACCCUUAUCACAAUCAGAUACAUGCUGCUGAUGUUACCCAGACUGUACAUUGCUUCCUGCUUCGCACCGGCAUGGUGCACUGCCUGACAGAGAUUGAGGCCCUGGCCAUUAUCUUUGCAGCUGCAAUCCAUGACUAUGAGCACACGGGUACCACCAACAGCUUCCACAUCCAGACCAAGUCAGAUACAGCCAUUUUGUACAAUGACCGGUCUGUUCUGGAGAAUCACCACAUCAGCGCCAUCUUCCGCAUGAUGCAGGAUGACGAGAUGAACAUACUUAUUAACCUGACCAAGGAUGAAUUUGUGGAGCUACGGUUGCUGGUGAUUGAAAUGGUUCUGGCGACAGACAUGUCCUGUCACUUCCAGCAAGUCAAGUCCAUGAAAACUUCCCUGCAGCAGCUGGAACGGACCAAAGCUCUCAUGGAAGAGUUCUUCCGCCAGGGAGACAAGGAAGCUGAGCUGGGAUUGCCCUUCUCCCCAUUGUGUGAUCGCACGUCCACCCUGGUGGCCCAGUCACAGAUUGGUUUCAUUGACUUUAUUGUGGAACCCACUUUCCAAGUUCUGACAGACGUAGCGGAGAAAAUGGUCAUCCCCUUAGUGGAAGAAGGUUCCAAGAAUAAAUCGACCAGCCAGCAGAGCAGUUCCACCUGGCGCCAGACUUCUGUAGAUGAGCAUGCUGAGCUGGGGGACAUCAACGCUGACAUCAAAAGCUUCCGUUCCACCUGGAGCAAGUACAUCCAAGAGAACAAGCAGAAGUGGAAGGAACGAGCUGCCAGUGGAAUCACCAACCAGACAUCUAUUGAUGAGCUCUCACCUUGUGAGGAGGCUAGCACACCUGAAAACCGGCACAAUCAGAAUGGCAAUGUGGAAUAGCGCUGCGUAUAGGAGGAGCAAGGUUUUCAACACAGUUUACUCCAAAGUCUUCGAUACCAUCGACUCAGCACCAUCCGCACAGGGAGGGGGCCCCUCCCCAGCUCGAGAAGGGUGUGACAUGAAUGCGACCAUCAAUACUACUAGUAAUAAUAUUAAUACUGAUAAAUGCAAGUGUUACCGAGUCAACGAUGUCGACAUCACACAGUACACACUGCCUGCCCCCAUCCCUGAGUUGCAGAGAGAAUGAAAGACUGAGACCCUCCCUUCCCGUCCCGUCCCAUUCUCCCCCUGUAUAACUUCCUCCCAUCCCUGAGUGCAAGUGGGCAAAAAGGCCAUGCGUAGCGCUGGGACUGGUCACCCGAACAAUUCCCUCUCGUGCCCAACAGCCCAGGAAAGGCUUUUCACUGCCAACCAGCCAAGCGACUGCCAAGGCAACUUGUCACCACUUUCUGCCCCCCCCCCUUUUUAAACAAAGAAUGGCAGUGGUUGUACUGUAGGUGAAGAGUAUGAAGAGGGUAUUUUUUUAAAAAAAAAACUGAGCAUGGCAGGCAUGUAUGGGUCUGAGGGUGGGGACUCUCAUCCCUGCACGAUGGCCUCUGGAGUAGGCUUCAAGUGUCUGGAUCCCAGCAAUCCUCCACCCCUAAUGAAAUUCUCCCCAUAGGGAAACAUCCUGCUGUCUCUCUCUUGUCAUCCAGCCUCUUGCAUGGGCAAAGGUCAUUCCUGGGCUCUUUUGAAGACAUCCAAUUUUCGACUGCUGUUGCUUUAACUCAAAGCGACUCAGAUCUCAAAGGCAUCGCCUCUCCCUCCUUUCAGGCAACAGCUUAUAUACUGUGCCCAGACGCUGAACCUCACCUGCUGUCCCCGCCCCCAAUCAUUAAAUGUUGCCCUCUCCCAACCAGCCACUCCAGGAUUUCAGAGAGAUAAGCAAGUGAAGGUAUUCUCUGAAGCAGCUGCUCUUCAGCCCUGGUCGUGUUUCCUUUUCCUCUUCAUCGACUCAAUCCCUGCUAUUGGGAAUUUGCAGUAUGGAGGCCAGGAUGCUUUGGGCCAGCAACAGAUUUUGCAACUGUUAGGACUUGACAAGCAGAAAGUUCACAGUAUCUCAGUUCAGCCUUCCCCAACCUGGUGCUCUCCAAAUGGGUUGCUCUACAGCUUUGUUCAUGUUUAUUUGGGACGGCCAUCUAGAAUUGACAGGGAAGGCGAGGGAGAGGUGGGUGGUGGGAGAGAGAGAGGAGGCUGGCUGGGGAAUUAAGUGAAUUUUAGUCCAACUCAUUUAGAAGGCCCUCAGUUGAGGACCCGCCGGGAUAGUGUGUCCUUUGAGACAUUACUCUGAUCUGUGUGCAUCAGGAUUUCAACAUCUGUUUUUUCCCCACUGAGAUUGUGGGUUUAGAUAAGGGGUGGGCUCCUGCCAGUUCUAACCUCUUCUAUAGAAGAGGUUCCACAAAUCUACAGUGCUGUUUAGAACCGGUUCCAGCU